AUCGAGCUCGGUUUGUACAAGAUCUUAAUCUUCAGUUAAAUGCUAUCAAUCAAACCGAACAAACGUGUUACACGAGUAAAAUACUUAAUAGAAUUUUAUCGGUUUUUUUUUUUUUGUUCAUAUUUUUGAAUUGAAUAUGCAAAGCGAUGAAAUCAUUGAGAAAAUACGUAAUAAACUUAAAGAAUCCGAUCCUUCUAAACGCACCUGCAUGAAUAUAUUUCAAUUUAAUUUUACCGAUGCCGAAGGCAAAUUGAUUAAAAGUAUGGUUUUUGAUUUUAAAGAGUUGAACAUCUACGAGGGUACAACGGAUAACGCCGACACUAAAAUUAAGGUUAGCGAUGAAGACUUUUUUAAAAUUGGAUGCAAGCAGACCACGUUUGAUCAGCUCUUGGCUGAGAAUAAAGCUCAAGUAGAGGGAGACGAGGAAGCUUUUCAUCAACUAUUGGAGAAAUUUCGUUUGAAUUUAAAAACGGAAUGAAAUUUUUUUUAUUUUUUUUUAAUUAAAAUCUUUUCAUUUGUUUUAGUGAGUGUUACGAAAACCAAUGCUAGAUACGUCUAUGAAUAUAUGUAUAGACGUAUAAGUAUAUUUAAAAUCUUUUAAUUUUUGUUUUUUUUUUUACUUUUGCGUGAAUUCUUGGUAAAUAAUUAAAAAAAUUUUAAAAGUGUAUAAAAAAAAAUAAGCUUUAAUUAUUUGGAAAACUUACUUAGAACGAAUAUGCAACGAUUUAGAAAAUGUAGGCAAAGACUAACCCUUACGUAUAAUUUCUCUCCACAAGUCAAAUUUAAGUUAAUCUUGCCUUAACUUUCAAUAAAGCCGGACUCACUAUUAUGCUCGCUAAUGAAUAAGAGUAGCUUUUCUCUGAUUGUCGUGGUCCAAACGCCGUUUGACUGGAAGCUUGUACCACCUUGGUUUUUGCAUCAGUAUGCUGCAUCUGCCGACUUUGCAUUGUUUCAUCGAAAUUUUUUUUU